AUGGUGUUCGCAAGAAUGGAGAGUGCCCUCAGCGCACCAGAGUCAGACUGGAGCACCUCUGACGAAGGCUCCCGCAACCAGGCGGAAGCUAUCAUGUGGGCUCUCGCCAGCUACGGCAGCCUUGGGCAUCCUGAGGUGUGUCGCCGUGCAUGCAUCAACUUCCUCACCGGGCAGUGCAAGGAGGGCGGCGCCUGUGCCUACUGCCACAUGCCGCACCAAGGAGCAAGUAAGCCAGGGCGGCGGCUGCGGGCUCUUCUCCAGAGCUUGCCGCGUUCACAGCUUUGCGCCAUCGUGUUGCCCCAUUGCCAAGCCAAACUGGAGAAGGCGGGGCUCAUGGACAUCGGCACUGAUGUCCUGGAGCUGUUGCAGGAAGGUUGCCAGGAUGUAGCACCUCUGAAGGAAGUUGCAUGGUCCACGCCGGGCGAGCUUGCAAACCUUGACCGAUUCCUCACCAAGAUGAAGCUCUCAAACCUUAUUGGCUUGGUCACACGAGCGGCGGAUGAACCUGACCCGUUAUUUGAAGCCGUAGAGCAGCUGCGCAUGGAGCUCCUGCACAGUCUGGCAGGGAAUGUGUUGAUUUCUGUUUGA